GGGCUCGGCCCGGCCCCCCCGAGCGGCCGCGGAGACCGCGCAGCGCGGGAGGCGGGAUCCGCACGAAAUAAGUCAGAAUGAGUUAUGCAGAAAAACCUGAUGAAAUCACGAAAGAUGAGUGGAUGGAGAAGCUCAAUAACUUGCAUGUCCAGCGGGCGGACAUGAACCGCCUCAUUAUGAACUACCUGGUCACAGAGGGCUUUAAGGAAGCAGCAGAGAAGUUUCGAAUGGAAUCUGGGAUUGAACCUAGUGUGGAUCUAGAAACACUUGAUGAGCGGAUCAAAAUCCGUGAGAUGAUUCUGAAAGGCCAGAUCCAGGAGGCUAUUGCACUGAUCAACAGUCUCCAUCCAGAGCUCCUGGACACAAACCGGUACCUUUACUUCCACCUGCAACAACAGCACCUCAUAGAGCUGAUCCGCCAGCGUGAGACCGAGGCGGCGCUGGAGUUCGCGCAGACCCAGCUGGCAGAGCAAGGUGAGGAGAGCAGGGAGUGCCUGACGGAGAUGGAGCGCACUCUGGCCCUGCUGGCCUUUGAUAACCCUGAGGAGUCGCCUUUUGGAGACCUGCUUCAUAUGAUGCAGAGGCAGAAGGUGUGGAGUGAGGUUAACCAAGCUGUACUAGAUUAUGAAAAUCGUGAGUCAACACCCAAGCUGGCAAAAUUACUGAAACUCCUCCUUUGGGCUCAGAAUGAGCUGGACCAGAAGAAAGUAAAAUAUCCCAAAAUGACAGACCUGAGCAAAGGUGUGAUCGAGGAGCCCAAGUAGAGUCUGUGCCCGCGGCCCCGUGCUUCCCUGGCUCGGACUCCUCGGAGCAGCUGUCUGGGACUGAGACGUUUUUACUGCAGUAGAGAACUCUCCCCGCCCCCCCACCUUUGUUUUUUGACCCGGCAUCUUUUUUAAAGGGAAAAAUGGCCCUUUUGAGCGCUGGAAAACUUGCAGUGAAUGACACUGUCUCUUUGGAAGUGUGAUGCAGACUGCUCGGGGCGUGCUCUGAAGGUGUGGAUGGGCCGCGCUCCUGCUGUUGGGCUCCUGCAGGAUCGCACCCGCCGCGGAGUGCAUGGUUAUGAGGGCAUAUUGUUAAACUGAGGCCUCCCACUCAAAUCUAUGAAAAGCACUGAUCGUUAUUUUGCUUUCUGUUAGCUUGUAGGCAGAACAUACGUUUUCUCAGAUCUCCUAAGACUCGUCAGGCCUUUGUGCAGAAGUUUUUUCUUACCCCUUGGUUUUUUGUUUUUGUUUUUUCAUAGGAAAGACUAUAUAAAUUUGUAAAUCCUAAUUCAAAGACUUCUUUUGUGUGAGGGCAUUGAGUUUGAUUUGUUUUCCCUUUUGGUCUGGGUUGUGUGGCUUUUGGGGAGAUGUGUGCGUGAGGGGUGGGGCUGUGUGUUUUUUAAUUUUUUAAAUAUAUAUUUUGGUGCUGGUUGUGGUGAGAGACUCUUUCCUAGUGGAUCAAUGAACCUUCUCUUCUAGGCAGUUUUGUUGAAAAUAAAGGUUUCUCUUUGAUCUCAAGAAU